GGGUGGAGCACCCGGAAGUCCAAGAGAACUGCUACAGCCAUGGCCACUGCAGCCCGCGCCAGGAUCCUGCACUUGCUGAGGCACCUGCAGAGCGCAACAUGCCAGUGCCCAACUCAUUCUCAUACCUACUCCCAAGCUUCUGGACUUUCGCCUCCUGGGAAAACAACAGAUUAUGCCUUUGAGAUGGCUGUUUCAAAUAUUAGAUAUGGAGCAGGAGUUACAAAGGAAGUGGGCAUGGAUCUACAGAACAUGGGGGCUAAAAAUGUUUGCUUGAUGACAGACAAGAACCUCUCCCAGCUCCCUCCUGUACGAAUAGCUAUGGAUUCCCUAGUAAAGAAUGGCAUCAACUUUCAGGUUUAUGAUGGUGUGAGGGUGGAACCCACAGAUACAAGCUUCAUGGAUGCAAUUGAGUUUGCCAAAAAAGGAGCCUUUGAUGCCUAUGUUGCUGUGGGUGGGGGCUCCACCAUGGACACCUGUAAAGCUGCUAAUCUGUAUGCAUCCAGCCCUCACUCUGAGUUCCUUGAUUAUGUCAACGCCCCCAUUGGGAAGGGAAAGCCAGUGACAGUGCCACUUAAGCCACUGAUUGCAGUUCCAACUACCUCAGGAACCGGGAGUGAAACCACUGGGGUUGCCAUUUUUGACUAUGAGCAUUUGAAAGUGAAAACUGGCAUUGCUUCACGAGCCAUCAAACCUACACUGGGACUAGUUGAUCCUCUGCACACUCUCCACAUGCCUUGCCAGGUGGUUGCCAACAGUGGCUUUGAUGUCCUUUGCCACGCUCUGGAGUCUUACACUGCCAUUCCCUAUAACAUGCGGAGCCCUUGCCCUUCCAAUCCCAUCACAAGGCCAGCAUACCAGGGCAGCAACCCAAUCAGCGACAUCUGGGCAGUCCAUGCACUGAGGAUUAUAGCCAAGUACCUGAAGAGGGCUGUCAGAAAUCCUGAUGAUCUUGAAGCAAGGUCCAGUAUGCACUUGGCAAGUACUUUUGCUGGCAUUGGCUUUGGAAAUGCUGGUGUUCAUCUAUGCCAUGGCAUGUCUUACCCAAUUUCAGGUUUAGUGAAGACAUAUAAAGCCAAGGAAUACAAUGUGGAUCACCCUUUGGUGCCCCAUGGCCUUUCUGUGGUGCUCACAUCUCCAGCAGUGUUCACCUUCACAGCCCAGAUGUUUCCAGAGCGGCACCUGGAGACAGCAGAAAUAUUAGGAGCCAAUAUCCGCACUGCCAGGAGCCAAGAUGCUGGGUCUGUGUUGGCAGAUACACUCCGAAAAUUCCUAUUUGACCUAAAUGUUGACAAUGGCCUAGCUGCCCUUGGUUACUCGAAGGACGACAUCCCCUCACUAGUGAAAGGAACCCUGCCCCAGGAAAGGGUCACCAAGCUUGCACCCCGUCCUCAGUCAGAAGAAGAUCUAUCUGCUCUGUUUGAAGCAUCAAUGAAGCUAUAUUAACUACCACUUCACUGGAAAUAAUUGCCAUUAGCCAUUGUGGUUCAGAUAACAGAAGUUGAUCAGGCUAGAUCAUUGUCUUCCUAUCUCUACACUUCACUUACCUGUUACUGGUUUGAAUGUGAUAUGAUUUUAUUCUUCAGGAGAUUCCUUCAUGCUAUGUCAAAUCCAGGGGCCACACCCCACAGGUCAGUGUGCUUAUACCAAACUCCAGUGAAUACUCUGCCUCUGGUCUAUGUACCAAGUGGACAAAAACUGUCUGUCAAAUCUAUAAAUAUAAAUAGUAUAUGCCCAGAAACUGAUGUCUAGAAAUUUAUCCUGAAGAAAUAUUAACAUUAGUGGCCAAAGAACUAUGACAAGACUAUUUCAGGCAGUGCUUUUAGAAUAAUAAAAAUUGAAACAAAUCUAAAUAUUCAUUAAAAGUAUAUAAAUAGCCGGGUAUGGUGUCACACGCCUGUAGUCCCAGCACUUGGGAGGCAGAGGCAGGUGGAUCUCUGUGAGUUCAAGGCCAGCCUGGUCUACAU